GUGCUUAGAAAUGAUGUGCUUAGAAAGGGGGGCAAAUGUAUUUAAUUAUCUAAAAUAUGUGAAGUUCAUUUCAAAACAGGAAUGUCUACCCUCCAAGAAGUUCUUGAGACUUCACUUUGGGAUUCAAUCAAACUACAGUGCUUUUUAUGAAUCUGACAUUUAAGCAGCUGUUCUUUUGUUUUUGUUUUUUUUUUUCUUUUCAUGUGAUAAUCUUAUUCAUAUUUUCUGAUGAGACUUUUAUUUCUGAAGUUCCAGCUCAAACAUUAAAAUAGUGAUGGCUUACAAGAUUGAGCACUAUGUUUCCAAGUGUUUUGUUAAUAAAAUUAAAUGUUCAUAAAACCAAACAACUUUCAAUGUCUUUGCAAAGAGGGAUAUGACUUUCAAAUACCCUAAAUUAUAGAGAAAAAAUAUAUAUUCACAAAUAAGAGACAUUUUUAAGUAUUUCAUGCCAUAUUGUAGGAACUUUUCGUCAAAUAAAAAGAAAAAAAACAUAUUACUUCUGUCUCUGGACACUUGUGUCACAUCCAUUAUAUAGAAGUCAUGGCAUUGACUGUUUAAGUAUUAUUAAAUGGUCUAUGGCAUCUACAGUCUAUGGUCUAUGGUCAUGUUGCUCUACCCCUGCCAUAAUUGAGCCUGCCCCCUGCUGUUCUGGAGGUGGUACUGCAAUGCUUACAGGGGGGCGGAAGUUUUAUUUUCACAAACAAGUUUAUUACAAUUUCAAAAUAAUGUAGAAUUUGGGGUAGUUUUUAGCAAAUUUCUUUAUCGAAUAUUCAGGGAAUUUAAAAUAGCUAUGACAGCUAAUCCUGAAAAAUAUAGUAAAUUAAUUUAGUAAUCAAAAAUUUUAUUUUGUGAAUGAAAUAGUUCCCUGGCAUCAAAUAAUAUGGGCUUUUUAUAUUAAUCAGCUGGACCUACAGAAGAAAAUUCAAGCUAAAAAAAAAAAAAAAACACUCGUUCCUGUGACAGAUUCUCAGAAAGUUCCAAAAUUUUCUUCGAAAACCUAAACCCCGUUUCAUUGACUUCCUGGUAGCGAACACGUCGCUCAUUUACAAGAGCGACGGGAAAUGUGAUAUAUUCGCUCUAGCGAGAGCGGCAAGGCACAGGUCCCCUCCGCCAGACCCACCUUAACCAACAGCAGUGAACGAUGGAGGGGGGCGGCAGAGUGUCUUGGAUGAAAUAUGGUUCUUUUGUUUCUCUGCUUGUGGUCCUGUUAGCAGUCUGGUUCCGUUCGCCUCAAAACGCGGUUCUGGACGACCGGUUGGACACCGUCCUGUCCUCUCUGCUGCGGGCUGAGAAGAAAGUCGGCGUGAAUAACGUCGCCAGACCCAAAGUGGCAAUUGGUUUUGGGGGUUGUGUGGACCUGCUUGUUGACGGUGUGUCGUUUUUAAACAAGAUAGGGAUCUCUCACACAGAAAACCCAGUGCAUUAUGACUACCUGGAAAAUGCUGAGCAGCUGGCUCAGAGCUUCGCCUACUUCUUUGCACCAGGAGCGGCUGCAGAGCGCUUCAUGCUCAAUGAAACCCUCUUCAGUGAGCUGGUGGACGGCGCUCGUGACCUACCUGGGAACAGAUGGGCCGUAGGUGGGAACGCUCCGGUCAUGGCCGGUCGCAUGGCAAUUGAGGGAUGUGAUGUGUUGCUGGGGGGGAGUUACAGCACCGACUUCAUCGACGUGCUGCCUGAGCACAUCACAGUGGCUGGUGAAGUUUUAGACGAGCCAGACAUUCAUUUGAUCCUGGAGUAUUCAGCUGGAUCUAGCUGGGGCCGUUACACAUCACGCAGAGCCAACAGAUACAUAAUUCACAGUGAUGACCGGAAUCCCUAUUUGUCCUCCAUGGAAGAGUUUGCUAAGAAACUCAAAGACUUUAACCCAGAUUUGCUGGUGGUGGGUGGCCUGCAAAUGAUGGAUAACUUUCCAUUUCAGUCAGGUGAGCGAGAUGCUCUCCUUUCCCGCUUGUCAGACCUGCUGUCCUCUUCCUCCCCUCAAAUCGGCAUUCAUUUUGAGAUGGCAAGCUUUGUCGAAGAAAGUAUUAUGGAAGACCUUCUGCACUAUGUUAUCUCUCACGCAGACUCUUUGGGAAUGAAUGAACAGGAACUUCCAAACCUCCUCAGCCUCCUCAAAGGCUCCAACAUCACGGUGCUGUCAGACCCAAACCCUCGGGUCGCCACGGUCCUCGACCAGAUGCGGGAGGUCUAUCGAAUUCUCAACCAGCGCUACAUAGAUGCCAACACGGAAGGCGACACGGAGGGCAAUAAAGCCAGGGGUAAGCCGCUGACCCGCCUCCACGUGCACACGCUGGCCUUCCAGGCCAUGAUCGUGACGCGCGACUCCAAGUGGAAAAACACCAUGUCGGCCACGGCCAAGGCUUCGCUCACAGCUAACCGCCACGUCUGCGGCUCCAACGACAUCGACCCCAGCAAGGCCCGGCUCAUCAUGGACGACUCGUUCUCCGUCAGUCAGCGAGAAGGAAGCCAGCGCAUCCCUUUGCAGGAGAACAGGCCCGUGAGCUGUUGGGACGAGGAUGACUACGAGAUCUGUGUGGCCCCGGUGCUGGUGUGUACUGAGGUUUACCAGACUGCAGGGGGAGGGGACAACGUCUCUGCUGCUGGCCUGGUCCUACAGAUUUAAGGAAGGAAAUGGGGCUUUUUCUCUUUAACUAAUGCUAGCUAGAUGUUGGCAAACCAUGUAACUAGAUCAAGGUGCAGCUCAUUCCAGACUUUAGGUACUGGUGGAUCUGUUACUUCUGCAGCUGAUGGUAAUAGAGACUUCUUACAAGUGAAAAAGGUCAUUUGAUGGGAGGCAGUAAUUUGGAAUCAAUAGGUGGAAAAAUACACAUUUGCUGCUCAACUGAAAACUUAAAAAGAAGUCAAUGUUAUGAAUAUAUAGACAAUUUAAUUGAUCCAGCAUCUCUGCCAGCUCACUUCUUUAGACUUUUGGAUUUUAAUAGCUUUUCUUUUUCUAAUUCUCCAACGCCUUAAGACUGUUUAUGUCAAGGAGGGCUGAGGUUUUGGGUGAAAUCAGGGCACAAGUUACAGGUGGUUUUAUUGUGCCCUGGGUGGUUGUCUUUUUGUUUUAGUAAUUUUUGCACAACUUCUCCUUUGAGAUCAAUUAUCCUCCCACUCUUUUAACGUGGGCUGCAGCUAUGCAACAAGACGUCAGAAAUGGCUGGAUCCAGUGUUUCUUGGCGUCGUGCAUAUCAGGUCUUGAACAACCCUUUGACCUCAUUUAUCUAUAAGCUUUUUGAAUCCCGCUAAACCUUCGUGAAAACUGAUCCGAUCAGAACUCUUUGACUUAAAGAUCCUCCUCCUCCUUCCUGAUCUCGGUUUGAAGGAAGGAAAUCUGGUGGAGAUUUCCUAUUUUUUCCUGCUAUAUGUGAAGCGUGUGCAUUAUGUUGUGGGUGUGUUGGGUGUAAAUCUCCGUGUUGAAGUUGUGUGCAAUAAUACACAAUAUAAAUAUAUAUAUCCAGAGACCACUGCAGGGAGCUGAUUCUGAUGUCACAGUUUUAUUCAGUUUUCAGUCAGCUGCUCUUUAUCGCUCUGCCAUCUUUCCUCUUUGCUGGCCCUUUAAGGACACACAGUAAUGAGUAUUUAGUUGGAUUUGGUGGAAAACAGGCUUUUUUCUAAUUUUCUUACUUGAAGUCAUAGUGACUCAUUGUGAAUCUUUUUUAAAUCCAGGAAACACAGACCCCCCCCUGGAUGUGUCCUGUUUACAGUAGUUUCCACCUCUUAUCCCAACACCUAAAGUCCUGUUAUUUACCUUUCAGUCUCCUUUGCAUCCGGACUGCUGAGCUUAUCUACCUUUUUUACAACUGUGAUUCUUUUUUUGAUCGGUGAUUUGUUUCAAAUCUGUAUUUACGUGCUGACUUAAACUGUGUCCCCCCUAUGAAAAUAAUAAUUAAAAACAUUCCAUCAUUAAUCCAGUUGUUUCCAGAACUACAAUCAUCACUUUUCUGACUCAGUUGUGCCCUCUCAAAGACUGCAUCUGUCUGGUGGUGUUCGGUGAAGCUAUUUGAGCCUUAUUUUCUUGGUUUCUGUUUGUGUCUGAAAGUGGAACGAUAAAACCAGACACAGAAGACCUACGUUUUAUGUCUCGAUCUCUCUGGUCUUAAUCAGUGUGUUUACUGUAAAUUGAAAUCGUACUGUACGCUAAAAUCAUGAACGUGGAGGGAUUUGCUGGUAUUGGUUACUAAACUUGCCUGAGCUCCCGGCACAUCAAAUAACCCCUGUUUUCUCAAGCUGUUGUAACUAUUGAGUGCAUGUUGAUCAUGAAAAUCACCUCACAUAAAGUGCUAUGCUCAUCAGAA